CGUGCGUCUCCAUGGAGACAGUAAACUCACCUCGGGGGAGCUGCUGGAAGCUUUAACGUCCACACGCUAACAAAACCUCAUUUCAGCCACAUUUUUACGACAAUAAUACUGUUUAACAUCGUAUAGAGGUGAGGAAGUAGGCGAACAUACUUCAAAAAAAGAGCAAUGUCGUGGAACUGGAACAGCCACGGGCUACCAUUUUUACCGGGAUACUCAUUUCGGGAUGUAACGAAGUCAGCCUUCCAUCGUCCACAGACACUGGGCUACAAGAAUGGCUAUGCUCUGUCCCGUCGCCCCGCUGCAGGCAUUGGACAGGAUCCCCUUUUAUCAGAGCAGCUGAUCCAGCAGGAAAUCAGUGAAUUGUCCCUUCAGACACAUGAUAUGACUUAUGGCUCCUAUGAGCGGGACCUCCCUAAAGACUUCAUCCCAGCUCAUGUGGCCCUUGACAAGAAGGUGUUGCGCUUCUAUGCAUACUUUGUGGAAAAAAUCCUGUGCUCCCCUGAAGAGGACUGCCGUGUGCGCUCCGUGGUCAUUUACUACUACCUUGAGGAUGACAGCAUUUGCAUCAUUGAGCCCACAGUGCAGGAUUCCGGGAUGCUGCAGGGGAAACGGAUCAAACGCCAGCGUCUCCCCAAGAAUGAACACGGAGACCAUCACCUGUGGAAAGACCUGAACCUUGGCAUAGACCUGGAGGUGUAUGGGGUCAAGUACCACAUCACAGAUUGUGACGCUUUUACAAAGGAAUUCAUGGAGAGUGAGGGAAUUGUUCUGAAUGAUCCCGAGCCUACGCCUGUGGAUGCUUACAGCAAACGACGCACUAACCCCCAGCCUUCCUUCACAAAACCCUCCGAAUUCAACCACACCCAACAGUUUCUCACCAUGGAUUGUAAGGUGCUGCGUUUCUUUGCCCUGUGGGACGAUGCUGACUCUCUGUAUGGGGACACCAGGCCUGUAACCAUCCAUUAUUUCUUGUCGGACGACACAGUAGAGGUCAGAGAGGAUCACAAACCCAACAGCGGGCGGGAUCCCUUCCCUGUCCUGAUGCGCAGACAGAGGCUGCCCAAGAAAAUCAAACCAGAGUCUGAGACCUUUCCCAGCUGCGUGCUGGAGGUUUCAACACAGGAAGUGGAUGAGUACUACUCCCCCAAAGACUUCCAGCUCGGUAAAACGAUUACGCUGCUAUGUCGUCGCUUCCAGCUGUACGACUGUGAUGGCUUCACUAAAGAGUAUUACCAGGAGAACCAUCCUGACAUGGAGAUGAAACCAAUAGAGGUCCCAAAAAAAACAGACACGUCUCAGGCGACGAAGAAGGAGGUUCCUCCCUACAAUGGUUUUGGUUCACUUGAAGACUCUCUCCAGAACUGUUUGUCUUUAAUUCCCCAGCCUCCCAAAAAGAACAUACUGAAGAUGCUAGAAAACAGCAACAAAGUGCUUCGCUACACUGCCAGGCUGGACUCACAGAAUCCAAAGGAUGAGGGCAGACCUUUCGUACUGUCCUACUCCCUGUCCGAUGACACAAUCAGUAUUUUUGAAAGGCCCACUCGCAACUCUGGCAUCAUCAGUGGCAAGUUCCUGGAAAAGACGCGCGUCCCCAAGCCGGGCACUACAGUGGAGAAUCCUGAGUUCUACUCACCUGCAGACUUUGCUAUUGGAGCCACUGUGGAAGUUUUCAACCACCGCUUUGUGUUGACCGAUGCUGACCACUAUGUCCUGACGUACCUGGAGUCCAUCUCAAGCCAGAUCCCUUGUCAGACACUGGAGUCUUUGAGGCAGAAGCUGGGUGUGGAAACAUCGAGUAACCAGCCAGUUGACCAAAAUGGUGAUGAUGUAGCAGAGCAAUCUUCAUGAUGUCCUGGAAGGCUGGAAUGCCCCAGACGUUGUUCACUACCUAAUUAAAUCUAAUUCAAAGCGUUUGCA